AUGGUCCUGGCUCAAGGAGCAGUUUGCACGCAUCCGCACGUCAAGAUUGUUGGAGAGCUCAACUGGAAGAUGGAAAAAGGCCAAGGUGACUCAUGGGGUUUCAAAACCUGCACUCGGCUUGGUAAGGUUUGUGGAAAACGUUUUUCAGGGAUCCCACUUUCUGGGGACAACAGGUUCAAGAAGAAAAACAAGUUCUUCUCAGAGUCCUACCCGGAUUUCAAACAUGUUUCUACCGGAGAGAGCCUGUGGAUCGCCAACAGGAAAACACCAACCUGGGUCUCUGCAAAACUCGAGUCGCUCGCUGACCCAGCUGUAGGUAAGGCCACCACGGCCCGCUACAAAUCUCCACAUACCCCACCUGUAGCUGGUGAUGAACCGGUGAGUUUAGGGAGGCUGAUACACCGCGUGAGAGACUCAGCUGAGAGCAGAUCCCUUUCUUUGGGAAAACAAGCCCAUGAAGCUGUGCUCAAGAGUGAUGAGCACAAAAGCAACAUCUACUUGUUGACGGGAUUGAUCGAUAUAGCUGAUAACACCAUUCAAGCUAAUGCUUGCACCUACACCGGCGUCCUUGUUGCUUGCGGGAGUGUGAUGGCGAUCAAGCUCGGGAGGGAGAUUCACCAGCUGGCGAAGCAUAAAGGGCUGCUGAAAAACAAUCCAGUUCUGGGCUCCAGCCUGGUGAGCUUCUAUGGCAAAUGCGGCGAUGUUGAUUCUGCUCAGGAAGCGUUUGACGAGUGCCGAUCUCGGGACAACACGGGUCUCUGGAACUCUCUCAUACAGGCUUACACUCUCCAGGGCCGAUCAAUCGAGGCCUUGGAGCGUUUCUAUUCCAUGACUCAGGAGGAGGGCUGUAAAGCUGACGAUGUGAGUUUUGUCUCGGUGUUGAACGCUUGCAGCCAUGGUGGUCUGGUGGGGAAAGGAAGGCAGCUUCUGGAUGAAAUGCCCAAGCAGUAUGGAGUCAAGCCACGUCUGGAGCAUUAUGUGUGCCCGAUCGAUAUGCUCGGGCGAGCUAACCUCCUCGACGAAGCUGUGAGAGUUCUCAGAGCCAUGCCUUUUGAACCGGAUGCAGUGGUUUGGACGUCCCUGCUCGGAGCCUGCCGGAAGUGGAAGAAUUACACGAUCGGCAAACUCGCGUUUGAGCGUCUUGUGGAGAUGGAUCCCAAGAGCGGCACGCCCUAUGCAUUGAUGGCCAAUAUAUUUGGAAACCUGGGGAUGCUCAGUGAAAUGGCCGCUGUUGUGGAGAGAAUGAGGGUGAAGACAGCUUCAGGGAGCCCGGGAGAAGCUGGUGGACGGAUGUUAGCUCUCUUUCUCUUCCUCGGUGAGAAGCUUGCGCUGGGGUGUGCUCUGGUGAACUCACACCAGAAGGAGACCAUCAGAAUUGUGAAAAAUUUCCGAGUUUGUGACGAUUGCCAUGCGGCCACUGCUCUCAUCUCUAAGCUGGAAAAAAGGCUAAUCAUCUACAAAGAUGCCAGUCGGGUUCAUGUGUUCCAGGAUGGCAGAUGUUCCUGUGACAACUACUUUUGA